AAACUGUCAGUCACAACUUGAAAGAUACAGCAUAUCAUGCCUACUGGAGAUAACACUGGUACAAUGGCACAAUCUCUUACAGAAGAGGAUCCCAUAUUUAAACCAGGAGGAGGAGGAGGAAGAGGAGAGAGUCAUAGGAACAGAUCAAACAGUCUGCCAAAAAUAAGCAGACCGCAUUCCUCUAUUGCACGGCCCAGAACUGCUAGCAAUAAAACUGGAAAAGGAGCAAGCAAUGGAUCAAAUGAGGGAGGAGGAGGAGGACAGAGAGUAAAAGAAGAUGGUGGGAUGCUUCCUUUAAUACAAGAUCGUGGAGAUAGAAAGGGAAGAGAAGAGAGAAGCCAUACUGCAGAUCUAAGAUCAGCAUCAUCAAGAGCAGCUUCUAAAUCAUUCUGGAACAUGAGCAUGUUGCAUGAGAGGGAAAAAGGCACUGAUAUUCAGAGUGACAGGACCCCUCCAACGUCACCUGAUAAAACAAGGAGAUACCAGAAUCGUGCACAAUCUCUACCAAUGGAAGUUCCCCUGAAACCACAUUCACUGGAAUCACGUCCCGUUAUACUGGGUACUUGUACUUGCAUAUCACCAUCAAAAGGUGAAGAACCAAGAAUACGAGUUCAUAGUAUGGAGACUAGGCCACGCCCUAAAUUGAAUGGUCUGUAUGGUUUGCCUAAAGGACACAGACGUCGUGCAGCUACUUUGAAUGCAAUAAGGAAAACCAGCUCUUUUGAGAAAUAAUUUAUAAUAAAAAGCUACAAAAAUACCAACACCCUGAAACUAUUCAUUAAUUCCCCUCAUAUUAUAAUAUUAUUAUUAUUAUUAUUAUUAUUAUUAUUAUUGUUUGUAAUUCAAAUUCUAUUUUUGUAUUACAAAAGGCACACCCAAAUUUAAUUUAAAAUAAAGUUCAAU